AAGUUCUAAUAAGAAAGCAGUGAAAAAUGUUCGCAGGGAAGACGUGAUUCUUCAUGCUUUUGAGAGUGAGAGUGCAUGGCUAGGGAAGGAUCAUCCAGAUUAUUUCUCUAAAAGAGACACUUUGAGUGGUGGGGAUAAUGGUUCUGCCCGAGAAUCACAUAGCAUGUCACAUUCUGGAAAAGAAAAAGAGGAUAUGAGUGACAAAGGGAGUGAAUCUGAAAUGAUUCAGGUUCUGCCCCUGGUUUUAUCACUAUCUAGUGUAUCUUUUGAAGUGCUUAAUCACUUAGGUGCUUCAAGGAUGCAAGUUGUACAGGAAAAGAGGAGAAGAACCCUGAAUGACUCGGAUGAUGAUGGAACUGGAGGAACCAAGCGAAUGAGAGGACUCGAGGAGCUGGGCAUGGGUGUGGUGUCAAAAAUAAAGGUCCAGGCUCAGGCAGUGCUGGAGCAUGUUCAACAAGUUAAUGCUUCAACGCAUGAUUCAAAAACGGGCAACUGCCUUCCUAAUUCAUUUGUAAUGAACUUCCAAGCUCAAAGGGGACAUUCUGACAGCAAGGUUUCUGGAAUAGAUUGCAGUGAAUUAAAGAAAAGUUUGUCCAUGGUAAGUGACAGUAAUAACACAGAGUCUCAAACAUCUGAGGAGCAUCAUAUUCUGGGGAUAGCUGAAAACACUUCAUCUGACAGGUUACUUGAUGUGUCGUUUGUUGGGGAAGAUAAACCCUUUGCAGUUCUCCCUCAUCCCUGCUGGCUUGCUCCACCUCCGUCAACAGCUCACCAAUCACCACCUCAUCUCCUUCGUCGAACAACCACAACAAAGCAGCCUGAUCUCCUUGCUCCACCUUCGUCGAAACCAAGAGUACAUGGUAACAUUUCUGACGAAAGAAAUAUGGACGUCAAGACCAUGGUGCUUGUCGAAGCACUCCAAACACAUGAAGAUGCCAUAGGAGAUGAAAGCCCAUUGCGGAUUCUUUUAGGCACAGUCAAUGCAAAACUUGUUUCGUGGUUGAAAUUGAAGGUCGUGCAACCGUCUCAUGGCCGCCAUCUAAAUCCGAUCUAAACUGGAUUCUUGGAGAUAAAAAAUUGAAGAUAGA